GACUGGUCACCCGUUCGCAAGCGAUUUGUGGCCUCUACUGCCUGCUUGAGCACAGCGCUCAUCGGGGUGCUGCUUGGUAUCUAUACAGGUCUAGUUCCAUCGAUCCAGUACUAUAUCGUGGAUCAAUCACAUGUCACUGUUCACGGCAACACCGGUUGUUUCCUUGCCCUUGCCAUUCCGUCGUUCUUUCUCUGGCCAUUGCCCUUACUCCACGGUCGGAAGCCUUACAUAAUGUCAAGUCUCAUUAUUGCAAUGCCUCUUCUUUUUCCACAAGCAAUUGCAGUCAGCAGUCCCAGGCUCACCAACACUGCAUCUUGGAGGGCAAUGCUGUUGGCCUCUCGUACCCUUUUUGGUGCUUCCCUAAUGUGUCAACAUCCCCAUGAAGAGGUUGUUGAUGAUUUCGACGCAAGAAGACAUGGUGGUGGCAUGGGUAUCUGGCUUGGUAUCUGGACCUGGUGCUGGAUUGGGUCUCUUGGACUUGGUUUUCUCAUUGGCGCAGCUAUCAUUGAUAAACACUCACCAGCAUGGGGUUUUUACAUCAGCAUUAUAAUGAUUGCAGUUGUCUUGAUCCUCAAUGUGAUAUGCCCCGAGGUUCGACGAUCUGCAUUCCGACGGUCGAUUGCAGAAGUCCGAACAGGAGGAGACAUCUCGCGUCGUCUGGCUCGAGGAGAAGUCAUGAUGCAUCGAGUCAAGACAGGUCCAAAGUGGUGGGGACAGGAAGCAUACCAUGGUGUCCGUUUAUCUUUGGAGAUGCUUGAACAACCUGGCUUCGCGGUUGUAGCGGUGUAUGUCGCAUGGAUUUAUGCACAAGUCGUUCUUGUCAUCAUUCUGCUGGGCUCACUCGUGUCUCGAUUCUAUCGUCUGAGGUCGCCGUACGUCGGGCUUCAUGUCGCCGCAGUCGCACUCGGCGCUCUACUUGCAAUUCCUUUCCAAAAGGCCAGCAUCUUCUCGAGAUCUCGCAACCGAGAAGGCAAAGCCAACCGCGAGGUUAUAGGCAAAAGGGUAGUAUGGUCUUCACAUCUAGUCCGCCGGGCCGUCUUCACUAUUGCCCUUCCGAUUGGUGGCGCCUGUUACGCUGCUGUUUCGUCAGGACCGCCAAUCAGUUCUGGCGUGCCAACAUUUUUUGCCUUUUGUAUAGGUUUUCUAUCCUGUCUCGCAAUUUCAGAAUGCAACGGCCUUAUCAUGGAAACCUUUGAUACAUCGGAUCUGUCUCCCGGAAUGGUUGGUCGCCACCGUGAUCCCUCGGGUCAAGACCAGCGCCGAACCAAUUACUCAUCUUUUCCGAGAGUGACAGCAGGAUUCGCUAUGAUACAAUCCUUCUCAUACAUACUUGCGGCUGGUUCAACUGCGCUGGGCGGUCAUGUAACUCGGAAGCUUGGCCAACAAGUUGCCACGAGCGUCGUAGCUGCGAUACUCUUCUUGUUGACAGUCCUCUUGUUGCUUGUUCUCAUUCGGUUCAAGAAUGUGCUCAUCAUACCUCGUUCAAAAUCAGAGGAGAUGGAGAGAAUUGCCCAAGCCCGUCGACGGUCUUCGAAACGUCGGGCUUCCAUGCCCAAUGACUUGCGUGCAUUGAUGGAAGAGGAUUAUGCCUGGCGACCCACAAUGAUAGGAAACCCGAUGGGCAAAAACCGCCGAAUGAACGUAUUGGAAAUGGGUAACCUGACAAGAUGGCAAGACAUUCGACGGAAAAAUAAGCUCAUAGAUGCGGGUGUUCAUCUCAAUCGUGAUACACUGGAUCAAGGUCUAGAUGCUCUAGAUGUUGCACUCGAAAACCAUGUCGAUGACAUGCGACAAAAUGCAUCUGGAUUCUUCAGACGAGGAAGCUUAAGAAAGCACGGAAGCCGCCUCCGUCGCAGCAACCAAAGCAGCGAACAGACAUUUCAUGACUUAGAACUGGACAUUCUUGAUCCAGUGGGUACGCCGAGCGAAUCAUCCCAGCAACCUCGACAGUAUGUCGAGAGGGAAUGUGUUAUGGGUCAAACAAUCAAGGAGAACAAAGACGAAGCCCAGGCUGGACCCAGCACUUCGCAAAAAGAUCAUACUUAAAGGGCACGAAGAGCAUUAUUGCGAGAGGGCGACCUAUAGAAUUAGAAU